AUGGAUGAUGAGAUUAAAUCCAAUAUUCUAACCAGACGAAGGGAAAUUUUGUCUAAAGUUAAACAAAAAAUUGACGAUGUGCUAAACCCAAGCAAACCUACUUAUGACCCACAUGCAACUUCAAUUAACAUUCUAAAUGAAAUAGAUAUUAUUACAGAACAAGACUAUCAAUGGGCUUUAUCAAUAUCUCCAGAUUCGGACCAUGAAUUGCACCUGAAACGACCAAUGGACAGUUGUUUUACCAACAAUUACUUUAUUGCUGGGUUAAAAGGAUUUGCUGCAAAUGUUGACUUGCAACCAGUGUUUAAUCAUUAUAAGUGCAUCACAUACGUUUGUUCUUACGUACUUGACAAAGGAUUAAACUGAAUGUUCUCAAGCCAUCAUAAAUGCAGCAAAAGAGGCUAAAGAAGCCAACUUAAAUGUAAGAGAUGGCCUAAGAAAAAUAGGUGCAGCUUUUCUCUCGACUCGUGAAGUCAGUGCUCAAGAAUGUGUUUACAAAUGUAUGCCUGAACUCUGGUUAAGAAAAAUAUUCCCGAAAACCCUCUUUGUUAGCACAGAUUUUGCUGAAAAUCGCGUUAGAUUUGCGAAGAAACAACAAGAACUUGAUGAGUUAGAUGAUGAUAGUACUGACAUUUUUAAGUCAUUAACAUUAUUGUCCGUUACAGUGAUAGACCGAAAAACGUUCCUGUCGUUAAUGAUAGUAUGUGUUUAGCUUUAUUUGCUGCUCACUAUUUCAAAGAUUACAAAAGUGAUUUUAACGAAGUAUCUGAUUCUCAACCUGAAGUGUUAAGCGAUGACUUCAUUGAAUCUCAAAAUAUCGAAAAUCAUAACACUGGACUUCCCGAUCGAAUAAAACUUGUAAACAGUAAAGAGAUUAUAAAGUGCAGAAAAAUUAAAGCUGUCAUUCGAUAUCACACUCCAAACAAAAGAAAAGAGCCUGAAAAAUAUUUUCACCACCUUCUCAUGUUGUAUUUUCCGUGGCGUAAUGAGCAGGAACUCUUUGACGAAGACCAGACAUACAUAUCUAAGUUUUAUGAGCCAGAUGUUCAAGAAGUAGUACAACGCAACAAAGAAAUAUUUGAACCAGAUGGUGAUGCAAUUAAUGAAGCACUAGAAAGUUUACGAAACUUUGAUGGCGUACCAACUUACUCCUAUGAUCCAAUAAAUGACCAGGAAAAUGAAGAUUUGCGACAAAGUUUACCUGACGAUUCUGAUGAAACCGAGUCUUUUAACGAAUCGUUGCCACAACAUCUUGCAUCAAAUCCUGAAUCAGUUCAACCAUCUUCUGGAAUAAGUUCUUAUAAUCAACCCUUAGAAAUCAGUGACGACGAUCUACGAAAAACUGUAAGAUCAUUGAACAACAAACAACGUCAGUAUGCAUAUGACGUCGUUCUUUCCUGGUGUAGAAAUAAGAUGGCCAACCUAAACACCCUUAAACCAUCUAAAGUAGAUCCGAUAUAUGUUUUUGUUACUGGAGGUGGAGGUGCAGGGAAAUCACACUGA